AGAUUGCGCCGACACACAAAUGAAAUGUUUAAUGAUCAUGAGCUGAGCUAUGCAUAAAAGAGCUGAACAAUAGCGAGGAGUCAUCAGUCUUCAAGACAACGGUGACAGAUAAAUUACAAAUUCUGAAAAAAAGAAAACGCACUUUGAACGCAAAAUAAUAAUAAAACAUUAAAAUGUUACUAGAAAUUCAAAGAAAAUUUACGAUAUUUUUCUCAAUACUUUCAAUUCUGUUGAUAUCACCACAAAUCACUGGUCGACCGUUAGCCGUGCCCUAUGCCGAUGCGGAGUUAAUACGUAGAAUACAGGAAAUUUUCGUUAUGGACACUGGUACGGCGGUAUAUAAUAUCACCUCCUUGGAUGAAAUCGUUCUAUGUCCUGGACCAAAUGAUGGCGAAACAUAUUGCAGAGAAGUAAUUAGUCAUUCGGCGAAGAUGAAGACAAUACGAUCAGAGCAGUUUGAUGAAUUCAAAGACGAUUUCAAAGAUGAUUUGCUGCCGGUGGAAGAAGUGAUCGCCAGUCGUAUGGAUAUUGAAGAACCCGUGGUGGAAACAACUUGCACGAGUAAAAGUACUCUUAUAUAUCCCGAAAGCGCUCAGUCCAAAGACGGCAAAUGGUUGUUGGUCGUACAACAGGAAGACUUCAAACAGGGUGUUCUGAUUGAGGAAUGCGCAAGCGAGACUACAAAAUGUAAACAACAAUUCAGCUAUCGCAACAUGGUGGUGUUGGUUGGUGGCGAUUUGAAGAAGGAAAUGGUUAAAUUGCCAAGCGCUUGCGAGUGUAGCUUGUGUGCCAUUGAAGCUCAGCACGGCUGAGUGGUUAUACGAUAUAAUUGAAUGCAAUGAAAUUUUAUAAUUUUUAAUUUAAGAGUUGCAGUUUUUUGAUUAUUAAUGGAUUA